AUGUCCUGCCGCCGAGGCCUGCCAAGGUCCUGUCGCCGAAUCCCACCGAGGUCCCGCCGUCGAGUCCUGUCGAGCCCUGUCGAGCCCCGCCGAGGCCCACCGAGCCCCGCCGAGCCCCAAGAUCCUGUUGCCAAGCCUCAUCUCCUGGCCAUUUCUGAGGGGGUCAAAGACACCCCCUCACCCAUCCCGAAGUGGCUCCAUGCCACCUCACCUGUCCAAGUUCCUGAGCAGGUCGACGUUGACGCCGGUCGGUCCCAGUUCCAAGGUCGGUCUUCAGCCCGGCCACCAGAGGGUCCCUGUCUUGUCCGCCACUGCCAACCUCCUGAGGGUCCCUGUCUCGUUCUCCACUGCCGGCCCCACGAGGUCCCCGUCUCAUCCACCGCUGCCGGCCUCCAGAGUGGUUCCGUCUCCUCCAUCUCCGGCUUCCAGAGUGUUUCCGUCUCCUUCGUCACCGGCCUCCAGAGUGGUUCCACCACCAUGAACCUACCCCCCAGCUCUUGGAAGAGCUGCAACUUCCAGGCUGUCCUUCGGACCAGCCUCGCCUGUCCUGCCAGCCUCCGGAGCGACCUCACCUGUCCUGCCAGCCUCCAGACUAUAUAUGUUGAUCAAUUUUUCUGCAUCCUCCUGCAGCUAGGUGGCCUAACACUGCUGGCCAUGGGGACCUGGGUGAGUGUGGAUUGGGGUUCCUUCCUCCACCUCCUGGGGCCAUUCUCCAGUCAAGGCAUGCAGUUUAUCAAUGUGGCCUUUUUUUGCAUUGCCAUUGGUGCUGUGCUGGUGCUGCUGGGACUUCUGGGCUGCUGUGGGGCCCACAAGGAGAGCAAAUGUCUGCUGCUCACAUUUUUCUCCAUCAUUCUCAUCAUAUUCCUUGCUGAAGUGGCUGCUGGAGUUGUAGUUUUGGCCUACUCUUCUUUUGCUGAGGGGAUCCUCAGAGCGUGGGCAACCCCUGCUUUACAAAAAGACUAUGGCAGUGAUCCCGUGGUCACCAAGAUCUGGAACAUCACCAUGAUAGAGCUACAGUGUUGUGGUUUCUCCAACUACACUGAUUUUGUGGGCUCUAAGUUUGAAAAGGAGAAUGGAAGCAGCCUGCCACCCAGCUGCUGCUGGACCAACAGCCUCCCCUGCAGUCUAGCAGAGGCAGAGCACAGCACUGUGCAGGGCUGUUUUGAACAAAUCCUGGAGCUCCUCAAAGAGCAUGCUAACACUGUGGGAGGCAUCGCAACAGGAACUGGAGUGCUAGAGAUUGCUGCCAUGAUUGUGUCCAUGUACUUGUACUGCCACCUGGACAACAGAGUCAGCUGAGGCUCCUUCACAGAAAACAAAAUGGGUAUAACAAUGAUAGAUCAUGUGAUUGACUAUUUAAAUCAUUAUUAAGGGAAGUCUUGUUGUUUUGCCACCCACAUUCUCUUUUUUUACUGUUUGUUUUCAGCCAUGUUUAGGAUAUUUUCCUAAAAAAAAUCUUCUUGUACAUAUAGUAAAAAUUUACAAGAGCAGCUACAAAGAGUAAAAAUAUCUAAUUUGACAAAAAAAAAGUUCCAUUUAUUACAUGCAUUACCGUGUGAUCAUUCUCUGAAUUUCUUUUCUGGAUCCUGAGAUUAUUCAACACAUUCUGUCUUUUCCUUUGCUUUUUGCUAACUUAUAAGUCAUAGUUUUGAUUAAAAAUAAUCUAAUUUGGAGUUCAUUUUUGUGUUCCGUCUAUAUCAUGAAGUACAUGUUUUAAAUUGACUCUCAUCAAAAGAGGCACCAACCUGGCUGACUGAGAUGUCCACUAACACCAAGCAAUAUUAUUUGCAUUCCCUCACAGAAAGUUUAGAUUUAGAUACAGUUAUAUACUGUAUAGGUAGACUCUUCAACCUUCUGAUCUACAUUUGGUGUGUUGAUCUAGUUCAGUCAUACACUACUACUAGUUCAGGGAUACUAUGGAUACUACAGAAAGAUGAAAUAAUGUGACACUUUACAUGAUGCAAUUAAUGCUAAAAACUCACUGUAAUGGGGCAGUCUUUGAUUGCAACUAGCUGUUGCCUGUGAGCAGCUGCAGCUAUUCUGCCUGACUGUGCUGCUGAAAUUGUAGCUCGAUAUGGUCAUUGUUCAGACUUCAGCAGAGAAUGAAUGAGAUUGCAGGUAUAAGCAACCGAAAUGAGCUUGGUCCACAGGGUGACUGGGCUCAGCCUUAGAGACAGGGUAAGAAGCUCAGACAUCCAGAGGGAGCUUGGAAUAGAGCCACUGCUCCAGUUGAGGUGGUUUGGAUAUCUGAUUCGGAUGACUCCGGGGAGACUUCCUUUGGAGGUUUUCUGAGCAUGUCUACCUGGGAGGAGACCCCAGGGUAGACCCAGAACCCACUGGAGGGAUUAUGUAUCUCGUCUGGCCGGGGAACACCUCAGGAUCCUCCAAGCGGAGCCCAAAGUGUCGCUAAAGAGAGGGACGUCUGGAAUGACCUGCUUCGCUUGCUGCCACUGCAAUCCUACCCCGGAUAAGCAGAAGAAAAUUGAUGGAUGGAUUGAUGUAUGGCAGACAUCAUGACAAUUACUUUGGCUACUGUUGAUCAGAUGGAUAAAUCAUUCCUGCUCACCCAAGAGAGUGUCUAUACACCUUGAGCUAUUGCCUAUCAGAAUGGACAAUGUACACAAAAAGGACCAUAAUAUUACUUUAUUAGACCUUUAGUCCUGUUUUAGUAUAGCACAAUCCUUAAAAAAAUCCAAUAGGUCAAGAAGCACAAGCAAUCAGGUUCAGACAUUUUGCAAAUAAAUAUAUCAUAUAACUACCUAUAAAUGCCCAGACUGUCCAUUUUUAUUUCAGCCCGAGGUUUUGACCUAGUGACCUAAUGUAGUUAUGUGCUAUCAGGAAUUGCCUUUGACAUUUCAGGUGUGCUUGUAUUUAGUUUGGCCUGAUGUGGUUUAAAUAAUUUGGAAAAAUUGUUUACUUCUAACCUGUCUGAGUGCUUGUGUUUGUUGUUCAAUAACAUUUAUUGUAAUACUUCCCCCAAAUCUGACUUGUACUUUGUUGGGUAAAAAAAUUAUAAUUAAGCCAACAUUAAGAACAUGCACCUGCAUCUUAAACUAUUUGAUCCAGCUCCGUGUCUCUUAAAUUGCCCCCAGGGGACAAAUACAUGUUUUUGAAUUGAAUUGAUUUGAAUUUAAUAAGUAAUAUA